CCGGUGGGGGAGACGGCGCGCGCCGCGCCGUCAUCAGCUGACGACAACAGUGGGAAGACGGAAGAGGCUGAGUGAGAGAGCUCUGUGGAUGUAUACAGCCAAUAAUGGACAGUGGCAACAUAAAGAUUUGUUCAGAGUCACACUGCAGCAUUGGACUCCUUCAUGAUGUACGACAACUUAGUGCACUGUUACCGGAGGGAUACCAGUACACAGUGUGCGAAUACGCAGGUACAACUGAAGGCACAAAUGCUGUUCUACGAUUACAUGUCACAACUGAGGCCAUCGCCCGUACGUGGAUAAAAGAGUUUCAAGGAAAAACUAAAACUACUCUACGAACUCUAUCCAAGCAUAAAGUGACUGGUCAGAAAAGAGUCUUCCAGAUGCAUCUACGGUGUCACCACAACACCAAACCCAGGAGUAACACGGCCGAUUCAAGACAUGGAUCAAAAAACACAGAUUGUCCAGCCACCGUGAGUGUGAUCGUGAAGCAAACAAAUACUAAGCGAAAGAGCAGAUCAACUGAUACCCAUGCAACUGCCCUCCCUAUGGAGGUGAGACUGAACUUCACUCACAAUCAUCCAGUCCAGAGUGCCAGUGCACUGAAACACAGAGAUGUUAGUGACGAGGUAAAGGAGAUUUUCAUCAACCUCUACAAGUCUCUGCAUUCACCAUCAACUGCACUUCAUACAUACAAGUAUGAUCUGUUUGAAGAAUAUGGAGACGAAUUUGCACACAUCUCAGCAGACAGAGCUAAAUGUCCAGACUUGCAGUGGUGCUACAGUCAAGGUGUGUGGGGGGUUUCAUCUGGCAACUUAUAGCGCUUGCGCUCGUCCCACUCUGCCUUCUCCAUUAUGUUAUAUAAUAAUAAUAAUAAUAAUAAUAAUAAUAAUAAUAAUAAUAAUAAUAAUAAUAAUAAUAAUAAUAGGCUAAUUCAAAAUGUGUGGGUGUCUGUUGUUAGGUUGGAAAGUCAACUAGUGAUAAAAUUCCUAGACGUUUCGCUAGAUGAUAGCUUCCUCAGAAGAGAUGUGUGUGUACUGUGUGUAUAAGUAUAUAAGUAAUGUUAACCAAGAUGAUAUAGAUAAUAUAAUGUGCUAUACAUCAGUAGUCAUAUAACACUAUUGGUGAAGCAAAAAAAGUGGUAGGCAAUGUUAUAAUAAAAUUAUAUAUUAAACGGCGAAGUGGGAGGUAGGGAUAAUAUUUUGGGGGUAACAGGGGGCACUGUAGCUGUGCAUGAGUAUAAGAUGUCUAUGAAAGGGUAAAUAAUGAGAGGGACGACAGAAAGAGCAAGUGUUACAAAAGAGGGAGGAGAAGGGUAUGUUCUAGAAAAUAUAUUAAAGCGUUUAAGGAAUAGAAGUGAGCCUCAGAAAGGAUAUUUGCUAAGAAUAGAAGGUAGUGAGGAGUGAAGUACCUUCUGUACACACAUUUCUGCUGAGGAAGCCAUCAUAUAGCGCAGGGGUUCUUAACAGAGGGUAUCUAUACCCCUUGGGGGUAUGAGAACCACAUGCUGGGGGCAUGGGACUUGAUCUCUGGAUAAUUGUAAAUACUCAUUAUUUAUUUACAUUUUACAUUUGGUAAAUAAAUAUCUUCUAUAUAAAUAAAUGAGACG